CGGGGCGUGGAGAGCGAGCCAGUGCCGCUCUAUAUAUAUAUCCAUCACUUAAUACUCAGGAUAUUAACACUUGACGCUCGGUGACAGUAGCCGCGGUCACAGGCUCUCUCAGCCGCUUCAGACCCUCGCCACCUCAGCAGCAGCACAAGCAGCAGUAGCGGUAGAGGACAGAAGACUGAAAGAUAGGCAGUCUCUUUCUCUCAGCUAGGCCAUAGUCAUUGUUGUAAUCGUGAUCGAUGAGUCUGUCCGGGAAGCAGCGGUUCUCCGCCAACUCUUUCUCCGGGUUCGGGAGCCGGAAGAUGGCAUUGUCCUCCGCCGGGGGUUCGUCAAUGCGCUCCAGCUUCGGGAGCAGAAUGGGCUUUGGAGACGGUGGAGGAGGAGGGUUCAGGAUGUCAUCCUCCAGCCACAUGGCAGGUCUGGGGAGUGGGAUGAGCACCGGUGGCAGUGGCAGCGGGAUGUUCGGUGGUGGUGGAGGCGGUGGAGGAGGAGGUUUCGGGUACGGUGGAGGUGUUGAGGACACGUCCCUCGGGUUCGCCGGUAACGAGAAGCAGCACAUGCACAACCUGAACGACCGCCUGGCAACCUACAUGGAGAAGGUUCGCCAGCUGGAGGCCACCAACCACCAGCUGGAGGAGAAGCUGAAGACCUUCACCUUCAACAAGGUGGAGGCGCACGACCUGACCAUCUACGACGCAACACUCAAACCACUCAUGGAGCAGCUCAUGGGUUUCCUGAUACAGAACACUCAGAUUGCUGUGGAGAUCGACAACGCCAAGCUGACUGCUGACGACUUCAGAGUCAAGUGGGAGAAUGAGCUGUCUUUGCGCCAGUGUGUGGAGGGGGACAUCGGAGGUCUGAGGAACCUGCAGCGGGAGUUUGAGAUGAACAUCACAGCCAUGAUGCAGGACCUGCAGGGGUACGAGAACGAACGGGUCUCCAUGGCGAAGAGCCAUGAAGAGGAGCUGUUGUCCAUGCGUGGGGGGAUGACGGGCCAGGUGAACGUGGAUGUCCAGGCUACUAAGAGCCAGGACCUGUCUCUGAUGCUGGCUGAAGUCAGGUCGGAGUACGAGGCGGCCGUGGAGAAAAACCGCAGACAGGCCGAGGCCUGGUACAUGAAACAGGUGGAGAUGAAGCAGGCAGAGUCGGCGGUGGUGAUGGAGACGACCACGACGACCACGUCGGAGAUGACAGAGUUACGGAACCGCUACCAGACCCUACAGAUGGAAUACCAGGGACUACGUAUGGGGAUGGCGAACCUAGAGGCCAGGCUGUUGGAGGUUCAGUCCCAGUUCCAGCAACGUCUGUCUGGGUAUAGUGGCAAGGUGAUGGGCCUGGAGGGAGAACUGACCUCCAUAAGGGCCAGCACCACUGAGCAGAGCCAGGACUACCAGAUCCUUCUGAACAUCAAGAGUCGUCUAGAGAUGGAGAUCCAGCAGUAUAAGCAUCUGCUGGAGGGAGCCGGCCUGGGAGGGGGCAUGGUCCCUGGAGGGGCUGACCUGGGAGGGGGCAUGGUGGUCUCUGGAGGGGCCGGGAGGUCGGCAGGUAAGGCUGUUGUGACCAGGACCACUGUGUUGGAGGUGAAAUCCUCGGGAGGAGGAGUGGGGACGGGAGGAAGCUCCAUGUUGAUGCAUUCCACUAGCUCCACCUCCAGCAGUUCUGGGGGCGGGGCAGCCAUGCUGUCAUCAGGAGGCGCCGCGAUGGUGUCCGUCAGGGGACCAGCCAUGCUGUCAUCAGGAAGCCCCGCAAUGGUGUCUGGCAGCGGAUCAGCCACGGCGCCAUCAGGAGGAGGCACGGCGCCAUCAGGAGGAGGCACGGCGCCAUCAGCAGGAGGCACGGCCCCAUCAGCAGGAGGCACGGCCCCAUCAGCAGGAGGCACGGCCCCAUCAGCAGGAGGCACGGCCCCAUCAGGAGGAGGCACGGCGCCAUCAGGAGGAGGCACGGCGCCAUCAGGAGGAGGCACGGCGCCAUCAGGAGGAGGCACGGCGCCAUCAGCAGGCGGCACGGCGCCAUCAGCAGGCGGCACGGCCCCAUCAGGAGGCGGCACGGCGCCAUCAGCAAGCGGCACGGCCCCAUCAGCAGGAGGCACGGCGCCAUCAGCAGGAGUCACGGCGCCAUCAGCAAGCGGCACGGCCCCAUCAGCAGGAGGCACGGCGCCAUCAGCAGGAGGCACGGCGCCAUCAGCAGGAGGCACGGCGCCAUCAGCAAGCGGCACGGCCCCAUCCGCAGGAGGCACGGCCCCAUCAGCAGGAGGCACGGCGCCAUCAGUAGGAGGCACGGCCCCAUCAGCAGGAGGCACGGCCCCAUCAGCAGGAGGCACGACCCCAUCAGCAGGAGGCACGGCGCCAGCAGCAGGCGGCACGGCGCCAUCAGGAGGCGGCACGGCGCCAUCGGGAGGCGGCACGGCGCCAUCGGGAGGCGGCACGGCGCCAUCGGGAGGCGGCACGGCGCCAUCGGGAGGCACGGCGCCAUCAGCAGGAGGCACGGCGCCAUCAGCAAGCGGCACGGCCCCAUCAGCAGGAGGCACGGCGCCAUCAGCAAGCGGCACGGCCCCAUCAGCAGGAGGCACGGCCCCAUCAGGAGGAGGCACGGCCCCAUCAGCAGGAGGCACGGCCCCAUCAGGAGGAGGCACGGUGCCAUCAGGAGGAGGCACGGCGCCAUCAGCAGGAGGCACGGCGCCAUCAGGAGGAGGCACGGCGCCAUCAGCAGGAGGCACGGCUCCAUCAGCAGGAGGCAAGGCGCCAUCAGCAGGAGGCACGGUGCCAUCAGCAGGCGGCACGGCGCCAGCAGCAGGCGGCACGGCUCCAGCAGCAGACGGCACAGCGCCAUCAGCAGGAGGCACGGCGCCAUCAGGAGGCGGCACGGCGCCAUCAGCAGGAGGCACGGCCCCAUCAGCAGGAGGCACGGCGCCAUCAGCAGGAGGCACGGCGCCAUCAGCAGGUGGGGGACCAGCUCUGAUGUCAUCAGGAGGCGUCACAAUGGUGUCCGGUGGGGGACCAGCUCUGAUGUCAUCAGGAGGCGUCGCGAUAGUGUCCGGUGGGGGACCAGCUCUGAUGUCAUCAGGAGGCGUCGCAAUGGUGUCCGGUGGGGGACCAGCUCUGAUGUCAUCUGGAGGAGCCGCGAUGGUUUCCAGCGUGGGCCCAGCCACGGUGUCAUCAGGAGGUGCUGCAAUGGUGUCAUCGGGCGGGGGCAUGACCGUGUCCGGUAGCAACUCGUCUUCCACCAGCGUGUUGACCAGCUCCACCAUGGAAGGUAAAGUCUCUACUGGUGAUAUUGCCAUAGUUCCCAUAUAGUGAUUCCCUUCUCUGAUUCACGUCACAACACUCUCCAGGACCACGGAACCCCCUACACACACACACACACACACACACACCACACACACACACACACACACACACACACACACACACACACACACGUAGCCUCUCUCUACUACUAACACACAGCUCACAUUCUGACCUGAACAUCAUGACGUGUAGCCUCUCUCUACUACUAACACACAGUCCACAUUCUGACCUGAACAUCAUGACGUGUAGCCUCUCUCUACUACUAACACACAGCUCACAUUCUGACCUGAACAUCAUGACGUGUAGCCUCUCUCUACUACUAACACACAGCUCACAUUCUGACCUGAACAUCAUGACGUGUAGCCUCUCUCUACUACUAACACACAGCUCACAUUCUGACCUGAACAUCAUGACGUGUCACUUCUCUCUCUUCUGUUUAAUUUAAAUUACAUUUGACGUUUCCAUUUAUAAUAAAAACCUGACCCUACAAUGAGAUGUUGUUUUUCUUUGUGUUUCAUUAUUAAAGAUGACGCUGCAUUGAUCGUGUGUUAAAUC